CACUCCAGCCCCCCCGCGAGGCGUGUUGCGGUCGCUUCUGGUACAAGAAUGGCGCGAGACUCCGCGUCGGACUCUGAGGACCGGCGGCGGAGCAAGAAGGAGAAGAAGCACAAGAAGGAGCGCUCCGACUCCGACUCCGAAGACUCCGAGGAGCGCGAGCGCCGCCGCCGCCGCCGCCGCGAGCGCGAGCGCGAGUCUCGCCGUAGCCGCUCGCGGUCUCGCUCGCGGGGACGGCGGAGCCGGGAGCGGGACGAUCGGCGCUACGGCGACCGCGGCGACCGCGGCGGCUACGGCGAUCGCGGCGACCGCGGGGGGUAUGGCGGCGGCGGCUACGGCGGCGGCUACGGCGGCGGCUACGGCGGCGACCGCCGCGGCGGCGGCCCCGCGCCCCCGCCGCUGCCCCUCCCCGACACCGAUGGCGAUCCGUCCAACGCCUUCAUCCACGACAAGCUGACGGAGCGCGAAAAGUGCGGGGGGGGGGGGGGGUUGCCACCUUUUCCGGGCGCUGCCGCCGUUUCCACCCCGGGCCUUUUUCGGAAAUUUUUGGCUAAAGCUUUCGACCGUUGCUGCCGUUGGGGGGCUGUUGCCACACCGGUGCCACUGCCGCCAGGCGGUUGGACCGUUGCACCGUUGCACCGGUGCCCCGGUGCACCGGGGCACCGUUGCACCGCUGCCCCCGGGGGGUCACCUGGGUGCCUCCUGUCCCCGCUGCCUUUUUGAGAGGGUGAGCGGCUGUGGAAGCACAAGGACGGCCGCAAGGGCCCCCGCCCCAACCACAUGGGCGAGGUGCACUGAGGUGGCGGAGGAGGAGGGAAAACAGGCAGAGGACUGAGGAGAGGGUGCGAGCGAGGGAGAGGGAGAGGGAGGGAGAGCUGAGAGGGAGAAGGGGGGGGGUCUAAGAUCAGGUCUCGCGC